AUGGAUGAUAUGGACUCGGUUGGUUCAAAUGGUCUCGACGAGAACGAUCUCCAGAACAUCGACAAGUACUUCUCAGAGGUCAACAUCAACGAUUCAGCGAGCAGUAGUAGCAGGUCACAACAACAUCAUCAUCAACAACAUCAACAUCAUCAACAGCAGCAACGUAUUGCGAUCAUCAAUGGCACGACACAGUCCUCAUCGUUGGGCAAUCAUCAUGGUCAUACACACUCACACUCACAUCAUCAACAACAUCAUCACCAUCAUGUUGGAUCACUGGACUCCCAGCCUCACCUGUACAUAAUACCAAACUAUCAGCCUGACUAUGAGCAUCACAAACAUGGACACGCAGCAAAUGGACAUGAGCAGGACACUCCCUCGACGCCACAGUCCUCACAUCCAGUAAACUUGUUUGGCGACCACAGCGACAACAACAACAAUGGUACGAUCACCAAGCCCAUGGCCAUUCCCCUUGCCACAUCACCACCAUCACACCCAAGCAACCUGCUCUGGUUCGAACCAACUCUGGUCAACAUGGUGGACAACGAGCUGGAUCAUAGCGAGCAGGGAUUGUUCAAGUUCCCCGCCAUACCACAGGACAACAUCUACAAGAUCAUCGACCUCUCGCACAACAACAUCGACACACUCCCGGUCAACAUGGCCUCGUUCGCCAAGUUGGAGCAGCUCAUCCUGUUCAACAACCAGAUCGAGCAGCUACCCAGCUCAGUGGGCGCGCUGACCUGCCUCACCAUCCUCGAUCUGUCGCACAACAACCUGCACACAAUGUGCCCCGAGAUUGGCACGCUCACACAUCUGCGCGAGCUCUAUCUCUGCGGCAAUCAGCUCACUGAGUUCCCGUCGACCUCGCGGCUCAAGUCGCUGAGGAAGCUGCAGCUGGACAACAAUCAGCUCCAGGAGGUGCCAACGUCGUCGCUCGAGACGCUUGGCCAGCUGCAGACACUCGACCUCUCACUCAACAAGAUUCACACGAUUGGCGACAUGUCCAAGCUGCGCAGUCUCAAGGUGUUCAAUCUGCGCAACAACAAUAUGACCGACCUCCCGCCCAGCAUCAAGUCGCUCGUCAAGCUGCACAGUCUGUCGCUCGAUCACAAUCAGUUUGGUCACAUCAGUGAGCAUGCACUACAAGAGUUGACGCGUCUGGCCAAGUUGACGAUCAGCGACAAUCGACUAAAGUGCUUGCCAUUGUCCAUCAGAUGUUUGUUGUCCCUUAUCGAGCUGAACGUUGCUCAGAACCAUCUGGACGCGCUGCCCGAUACCCUGUGCCACUUGGCCAGCCUCAAGAAGCUGGAUAUCAGCAACAACAACAUCCGGCGACUGCCCGCCGACAUUGGCCAGCUAUCCAAGCUGGCCGAGCUGCAGCUCUACAACAACCUGAUCAGCUCUUUCCCGCUCAGCUUCCUAAAGUGUCGCUCGAUCAGGGACGUGGGCGUCGACGGCAACCCGUUGCCGUCGAUGUAUCACAUGGGCAUCAAAGCGAUCCGCCAUCACAUCAAGAAUCCACACUGCGACGACAUAGACUAUGACAACCUGCAUGAAGCCGACGUCGAGUCGGCCGCGCAGAUCAUCAGUUCCAACCCGAGAAGGAACAUCGAAUCCGAGGCCUCAAUGGCCAGCAACAACCCCACGCACACCAACACCAACCCCAACCAAACGAUCAUUCACCCGAGCAACAACAACGCCAACAACGACGACCACACAAUCGAAAACAUACAGCCAAUGUACAGAGAAACACCAUUAAUACGUUCACCCCCAAGAACUAAAUACGCUUGGGAGAUAGACUUCAACGAGCUGGAGAUGGGCGAGCUGAUUGGACAGGGCGGCUUCAGCCGCGUCUACCACGGUCGCUGGCGACAGCAGGAGGUGGCCAUCAAGCAGAUCGAGCUACAGUCCUACCGCUCACUGGACGACUUCCGCAAGGAGGUCGGCAUCCUCAGCAAGCUCAAGGCGCACGAGAACCUUUUGCGAUACUAUGGCGCUUGCGCCAACGCCAAGUACUGCUACAUCAUCACCGAGUUUCUGCCACGCGGCUCACUCUACGAUCUGCUGCACAAGGAGGGCACACGCGGCCUCGUCCGCAUCGACACGCCUCUCAUACUCAAGUUUGCACUGGGUGUGGCGUUGGGCUGCUACAACCUGUCCAACUACGACCCGCCCAUCUACCACACCGACCUCAAGUCCAAGAACCUUCUGAUCACCAACGACCUACACGUCAAGAUAUGCGACUUUGGCCUCGCAUCAUGCAAGAAGAAGGACAAUGGCAUGGCGGACGCUGAGCGUCUUGCCUAUGUCUACUACGCCGCACCAGAGAUCCUAAACAGUCGUCCAUUCACUGAGAAAAGUGAUGUGUUCUCAUUUGGAACGAUAUUAUGGGAGCUCAUUACCAAUGUUAUACCAUUCAAUGGUAUGACACCGAUGGAGGUUAAGGACUUCCUCAAGUCUGGCCAAAGACUGGCCAUUCCAUCCGAAUGUCCAGAGUUCCUACAACGACUGAUCACAGACUGCUGGAAACACAACGCCGAGGAAAGACCCUCAUUCGUUGAUAUAUACUAUCGUCUGAAGGAACAAACGAUUGCUCCUCCACCUCCUCCUCAUACAUAA